CAUCCUUUAUUUCCUGGAAGGAGGAGCGACCCGGCAAGCCAGCAAGUAGCGGGUGCAUCGCUCACUAUCUUGCCACCGGGAUAACGGAACUGUGUGACCCGUUAACUGCCGUGUAAGACAUUAAACCGGAUGCCUCUAUGGUCCAGUUAACCUUACAGCGAGAUUCACGGUGUCCAGUUUACUCAAGAGGUGAGCCAUGGCUGAACAGACUUCUGCCCGUCCUCAGAGGAAGAUGUCCACCUCCGGGGAGACCGUGUAUAAAGUGUUAGGCCUGGAGAAAGGCGCGUCAGCUGAGGAAAUUAAGAAAGCAUACAGAAAACUAGCGCUGAAGUACCACCCGGACAAGAACCCAGACAACCCAGACGCAGCGGAGAAGUUUAAGGAGAUUAACAACGCCAAUUCUAUUUUAAACGAUGAGAACAAAAGAAGGAUUUACGACGAGUAUGGCUCCAUGGGCCUUUACGUAUCCGAACAGUUUGGAGAGGAAAGUGUUAAAUACUACUUCCUCAUGUCCAAAUGGUGGUUUAAGAGUCUGGUGCUGUGCUGCACACUUUUCACCUGCUGCUGCUGCUGCUGCUGUUGCUGUUUCUGCUGUGGGAAGUGCAAACCCCCCGACGACGAGGAAAGCUACCAAUAUGUUGAUCCUGAAGACCUGGAGGCCCAAAUCCGAGCGGAUCAGGACGGAGGUACCACUGUAAUCAUAAUCCAGCCAGCAUCCGAUCUGGGUCCAGAAACCCCAGAGGAGCAAAGUAAGCCCAUCCCCCUGCCCUUGCCCAUGCCUCCACCUGAGCCCCAGUCGCCUCCAUCAGCCAACACAGCGGGGGAAGAAAACCCCAGAGACAGCUUACAAGAGUCUAAAUGACUCGAAAGUGAUCAUGUGAUUAAGUGUCAACUAGCUGAUGCAGGAAGCGUUUCACGGCUCUACUUCGAUCCAGCUCCAUCUCACUGCUGUGAGCAACCCAGAGGAAAGCCAGCCCAGAGUCACCAGCCAGCCCAGAUCUCCUGCCCCACCUGACGCCCCCCCAAACUCCAACGCCCCCCCAUGCUAACCCAGCUAACGCUACAGACUGCUUCCAUGGACCUACAUGGAGAUCUCCGAACGUUCCCAACGUCCCCACCCUCUCUUCUAGUUCCUAAAAUAUCUGACGCUGGUUCUGACUGAAUAAGUGUGUUACGCCAAAACUCCACCCCAGUCUCCUCUGGUCAUUCCAUUUCUAACCACUAAGGAUGACAUAAAAAGGAGAUGUGGACAAAUUAUUUAUUUUAUUACUUUUCACCUCCUUUUUAUUUUAGACACCACUGAUCAUCAGAUGGAGAACUUUUUUAUUGUUUUGGGGUUUUUUUACAUAUCCCCCACAUUAACUUGGUUUUACUAACUUUGGGAUAGAAAGUUGGUGAUAAGUUUAAUGCCAAACAUCGUAGAAAUCUAGCUGCUCAGCAGAAACAAAGCAUUAACACGUGGACUCAUUUCCUUUCUCCCUUGUUCUUGUAAACAAUUCCCACCGAUUAUUGUUGCACCUAAAACUCGCUGCAGUCUCGUGGUUUGAUGCCAAACGUCUGAGCCGAGAUGGAGAGGGGAUCAGCAUGCACUCAUCGUUUUCGCCCUUUCCGCUGUCCUGCAUGGAAAACCCAAACAACUCUUCAGCUUUUCCCUGCAUACUCUGGUGAAAUGCAUCAUGUGCACAAAUACACACUCACACCAGCCCAGAUGUCACUGUGUGCUUAAAAACCCAACAACAACCCCCACCCACAGCGAGACGAGCAGCGACCGACACCAAACCGUGGAGCUCUGAUGGACUGCAGGAAGAAACGUUACAAUCAAUGCCUUGAAGUUAGCGUCAUGCUGUUUUACAUUAUGUGGUUCACGGUCCACCGUUUACUCUGCCGGCCGGGUUCAUGCUCCGCCUCUUAUUUGUGUCCAUAUUCACUAAGAUUAGAGUCUAAUCUGAUGUUUUGUCUUGGCUUCUUUUUGUAGAUUUUCUUAUUUUAUCUCCUAAUUGUGAAUGAGAGCAGAGAGUAGCUGCUUUUCAAAUUACAAAUGCGUGCAAAUCCUUGUUGGUAUUCAGCUAAUGUUGAAAAAACACACUUUCACAGUUGCAAAGAAAUGAAAUUAAAAAUGUGCGUGGAUAAGUUUGUUCACAAAAUAAGUGAUUAAAAAACCAUCGUCCUCACGCCA